CCACGAUUCACUUUCCGAAAAUUAUAUAAAAACCUUAGUUUCCAAAUGUCUAAAAUAUAUGAAAAUAACAAUAAGUAGAAUUUACUAAUAGAUCAGACAGCUUUUAUAUAAAUUUAGAAAACAAUACGAAUAUUUAGAAUUUAGAAUUUAUUAUGCUCAAACAUCUUACUACGCUACUGAUUAGAAAGAGACAAGGCUUGGCCGCCAUCAGUCGCUAUCUCUUUCUUCCAGCUGACCAUGUUUUCCAUGGGUUUACUAAAUUUAUGAUCAACCAGAAGAAAAUCGCAAAAAAAUAAUUGAUAAUUGGAUUUAUACUAUAUUCAUGUCAUUUGGUUUUUUUGAUUUCUAUUUAAAAAUUCAAAAUUUGUGUAAAAAUACUUUUAGUAUAUUUUGUGUUCAACGUAUUAAGCAAUAUUUUAUUAUUCAAAGACGAAACUUCUAUGAAUCAUUCUGUUUAAUGAAAAAAUGUGCUGGAUCCUUUUCCCUGUAUAAGAGUUUUCUUUGAACGUGUGUUAACCUUGUAAUCAAUUUUAUAUACCACGGGUUGAAGAUACUAUUUUUGAAGAAUAUUUAUUUGAAAUAUAAAUCAGUGAGGAAGAAGAAACAAAUAAUUCCACCGAUUUAUAUAUUUUAUAAAAUACUUGACACUGAAUUACAAUGAACGAUAGUACCGACGACUGGGAAAAAAUACAGUUUGUCAUUGCCAUUAUGACUAGAGAUUUCGUCACAGCUAUGGAAAUAGGACGCUCCAUUCUCGCCAAAGAGCCAAGUAAUACGAAUAUUCGCGAGUACUUGACUAUCAUUGAGAAAAUUGAUAUCGAUAGUGAAACUGAUUCCUGUGUUGAUACAGAUAACGAAGAUAUUGAUAUAAUUACAGUAUGCGAUAAAAGCGAAAAAGAUCCAAGUACAGAGAACCUUAUCCAAGGUCAUUCAAAGAUAUCAUCAUCAUUUAAAAUUGUUGGCCCAUCCGUUGAUAUUGAUUAUUUGUCAUUGAGAAAUUCAAAUAAAAUCGAUGGAAAGAUGUAUAGAGUACUACCAAUAAAGUUUUGUAGAAAAAUUGAUUAAA